AUCAUCUAUCAUAAUCGUAAGUUGUGAAAAAGUUGAGUCAUAACUUCACUAUCUCUAUCAAAUAAGAUUUAGUUUUCUUCUCUUUGAAAAUGGAUAUUCGUAUAAAUUCUAAGGACGACGUGGGACUUUUAACGGAAAGCUCAAUCAGGUCUACACCGUAUGGAUCUCGUCCCAACUCACAGAGAACUUCCGGAUUAAAUUCUAGUAGAGUAUCAGAUCUUCCCAAUACCAUCCACUACCUCUCCCCGGCCAGUACCGCCGCCCACACAAUAUGCGAGGGCGACUUCGACUACCAAGACCUCUACUACCUUCCUAUGAUCCAUGAGCUGCCCGUUACCAGAGCCAGGUCCACUUCGACGAGUUCAUCGUCCACCUCUGUGCCCUGCGAAGAGAAUAUCCUCCAGAGGACGCUGGCCAUUAUAAAACCCGAAGCUGUGGAGUUCCAAGAUGUAGUCCUUCGCGCUGUUGACAAAGCUGGGUUUAGAAUCGUUCACCGAAGAAACAUCCAUCUGACUCCAGAACAGGUAUCCGAAAUCUACGAAAAAUAUUAUGGUACUCCAGCUUUUCCACACAUGGUAAUCUCCAUGAGCGCUGGUCCGAUUGUCUCGUUGUCCCUCCAAGCAAUCAACGCAGUGGAAAAAUGGAAAAAUCUCAUAGGGCCUAUGGGUACCCUGAGAGAAGAAUGGUUUUUCCCAUACAGUGUAAGAACGAGAUUUGGUCUGUACAGAGACAUACCAAAUGUGCUUCACGCCUCUGACAAUGCUAACGAAGCUAAGAUGGAGAACAAAUAUGUAUAUCCAAGAGAUAUUCUGGAACCACUACCAUCCGACUUUCAAAAAGUGAAAGACUUCGUAACUGUAUUUUUAAAACCAACACUAGUUUCAGGCUUGGCCGAAAUAGUCAAAACCAAGCCUAUAGAUCCCGUGAUCUCCCUGGCAGAAUGGUUGUUACUGCACAAUCCCUACCAACCCAAAUUGCCCGAGGCAAUAGCUGUGACACCAACAUAAAAAAUAUAUAUUUACAAAAUCAUGAAACUAUUUAUUUAUUAUAUAAAUUUUAUAAUAAAAUGUUUACACGUAUAAGAUGUAGCACCUACUUAUGUUGUAGGAUUCAUAUAAAAAAA